CGGGGAGGGUGUGGGACUGAAGAAGAGAGAGGCCAGUGUUGCUCCAGCCCUCUGAAGGAGUGGACGUGUGGGGCUGGAGAGGAAGAAAACGAGAUCUAUUUGUUUGUCAGUUUGUGUGUUUAGCGAUAAGUGAAGAAGAAGAACAACAAGAAGAAGAAGAAGAGGAAGAAGAAUAAUAGUAAUAAUAAUAAUAAUAAGAAGGGAAAGGAAGAAAAAUAAAUUAAAAUGAAGGAAACAAUGCUAGGAUGCGAAGAAAAGGAAGAAGAAAGAAGAAAAACUGAGGAAUCCAUUACAUCUCUCGCAUAUAAACAACUCCAGGAUGAAGAAAGCAAAAAUAAAAAUGAGAAUAAUGAUUAAAAGAAAAUUGAAGAGAAAAAAAUAAAUGAAUGGAAGGAAAAAAAUAGUGAUGGUGAUGAUAAAAAUAAAUAAAUAGAUAAAUAAAAUAGAAAAAACGAAGAAAUAAGAAAUAAGAAAGAAAAAAUAAAUUAAAUGAAAAAAUUGAUUGAGUGAGAAAAGAAAACGAAGAAAAAAUAAAUUAAAUAAAAAAAUUGAUUGAGUGAUAGAAAAGAAAACGGAGAAAAAUCAAUUAAAUAAAGAAAAUGACUGAUAGAAAAGAAAACGAUAAAAAAACGAAGAAUUUUGAAAGGGAAACUUAAAAAAAAUAAUGAAAUAAAGAAAAUAAAUAAGGGAAGAGAAUAAAAAUAAGAAUUCGAGUUUGAAAAAAAAACGGAAAAAAUCGAGUCUGAAAAAGAAAACGGGGAAAAAAAAAACAUUCGAGUUUGAAAUAAAAAAAGGAAAAAAAAACUAGUAAUUUCAGUGCGAAUAAAAAAAUAGAAGAAAAAAACAAAGAAAAAUAAAUAUGACAACUGGACCAUAAAUAAAAGAAAAAGAAAAAAAAAGAAAACAAAAACAUUCAAAUCUGAAAAAAAUGUCAACAAUAAUAAUAAUAAUUUGAAAACAGCAGGAAAUAAACAAAAAAAUAAAGAAAUUAACAAUAAUAAAUGAUAAAUAAGAAAAACAACGAAAGAAAAUGAAUUAGAUUGAACUGAAGAGACAAAGCAAGAGAGAGAGAGAGAGAGAGAGAGAGAGAGAGAGAGAGAGAGAGGUUUAUUAUGUCUUCUGCUAAACAAGAUGGAGGAGGAGGAGGAGGAGGAGGAGGAGGAGGAGAAGGCUUGGUCUGCGGAGGAAGCAGGAAUUUAUCUGACCUUGAAAAUCCUUCCUCCUCUUCUUCCUCUCCUCCUCCUCUUCCUCCUCCUUCCUCUUCCUCCUCUUCUCAGCCAGUUAUGAAUGGAAGGAAGAUAUCUCCUUCUCCUCCUCCUCCUCUUCCUCCUCUUCAUUGCUCCUCUACACCUCCUUCCUCUCCUCUUCCUCCUCCUUCCCCUCCUCCUCCUCCUCCUCUUCCUCCUCCUCCUCCUCCUCCUCUCUCCCUCCUCCUUACAGCCAAGAUUUGCUAAGUUUCUGGAAAAUACGUCUGGAAGAAAGGUGCUGGUAAGGAACGCCAGCAUGGAGGAGGUGGUUGCCCAGAUCCACUCCGGCAGCAUCCUCUGGAAGGUCCGAGCCGUCAACAAGCGGUUUCAGAGACACUAUAGAGUGGAUGUGGAAAAUAUGUCCCUUGUGGGGGAGUCCAGGAAGUGGUGGUCUGCCGGGAACUUUACUGGCAGCGAGGGGCCUGAGAAUGCAGUGCCCCUGUUGGAGAUCACAGAGGUCAGGUCGGGUUGGAAGACUGACACGUUUAACAAGGUCAGCGCAUACCUGGAGAAGCUGAAGGAGAAGACCGCAGCAGCAGCAGCAGGAGGAGGAGGAGGAGGAGGAGGAGGAGGAGGUGGUGGUGGUGGUGGAGGUGGAGGAAGUGGAGGAGAGGAGGAGAUGCUGGAGGAGCGGAAGUGCUUCUCGAUCAUCCACGGCCCGAGCGGAAGGGAGGUAUUGGACUUGGUAGCCGAGACAGAAGCACAGAGGGACGGUUGGGUGGCUGGCCUGACCCACCUCGUUCAAAGCGUCCAGUCAUUACAUCAGGAAAAGCAGUACGAUAUCUGGCUUCGUAUACAGUUUCAAGACGCAGACAAGGACAACAACAAGAGUCUGAAUUUUGCCGAGUGUUGCGCGCUGCUGCGACAACUUAACAUAAAGAUGGACAAGUCUCACGCAAAGAAGCUGUUCAACCAAGCAAACACGAGCAAGCAGAAGAGAGGUGGUGAGCAGGUCCUUGAAGUUGACGAGUUUGUGUCGUUCUAUCACGCUCUGUUGAAGAUGCCGGAGAUCGAGAAGCUGUUUAAAAGGUACGCCAGUGAGAAGACCAUGAUGAUGAGUGCCAGCCAGCUCCUCUCCUUCCUGGUGGGGGAGCAGGGCCUCGACACAUUGACGGAAGAGGACGCAGGAAAAAUUAUUGCUGAAUUUGAGAUUAGCAGCCUGAAGGAAAAGGGUUACAUGACUCAGGAUGGCUUCUACCACAUGCUGCUGUCGGACAUGUUUGACGUGUACACGAGCCACCACCAGCGCACCGUGUGGCAGGACAUGACGCGGCCCUUCUCUCACUACUACAUCUCGUCCUCCCACAAUACUUACCUGACGGGGCACCAGCUGGCGGGGGAGAGCAGUGUGGAGGGAUACAUCAGUGCACUUAAGAGAGGCUGCCGGCUGCUGGAAUUGGACGUGUGGGAUGGAGACGAAGGGGAGCCAAUUAUUUAUCACGGGCACACCCUAACGUCAAAAAUCACCCUACAUGAAGUGUUGAGGGAUGGGGUGAAGGCCUACGCAUUUGAAGCCACACCUUACCCUGUUAUUUUAUCCAUUGAGAACCACCUGUGCCUGGACCAGCAAAGGGUUAUGGUUCAACAGAUGGAGGAGAUUCUAGGAGAUAUGCUUUUUACCGAGCCGGCCUCGAGAGAUUUAGUGGCCCUACCUUCCCCGGAGGAACUGAAGAAUAAGAUUAUUGUGAGGGCCAAGAAGCCACAAGGGGCGGAUGUGGAGUCAGAUGACGAGGAAGAUGACCAAGAUGCGAUAGAUUAUAUAGACAGUGAUGAUGGUGCCUCUCAGUCCAAGAAAGUUCGCUCUCUCUACCGAAGCUUCAGAAAUUCCAUCCGGUCUAGACAAAAUUCUCUUCGUAAAUAUACAAUGAGUCAGGAACAGAAGCCCCACAAGCCCCUGGCCCCUGAGCUGACCCGAGUUGUUAAUAUUCUGGAAGGGAAGAAAUUUAUAUCCUUCCAAGAUGCAUUUGAGACUUACAAGUGCGUCCACACCCCGUCCAUUGGGGAGACAAAAGCAAAGGGUCUGUUUGAAGCCACGCCAGACCAGUUCAUGAAUUUUACAGAGAGGCACGUUACCAAGGUCUAUCCCCUCGGCACCCGGACUGACUCCUCCAACCUCAAGCCCUAUCCCUUCUGGAGUGUUGGUUGUCAGAUUGUGGCUCUCAACAUGCAGACAGAAGAUAAAGCAAAUUUCUACAACAAUGCACUAUUUAAAAGUAAUGGAAACUGUGGAUAUGUUUUAAAGCCACCUAUUCUGCUGCGGGAGGAACCUUACAACCCCCUGGAGGCUGCCGAGAGACCCAGCAAGGUGGUGCGGGUGGUGGUGCUGAGCGGGCAACACCUCCCAGACAGCGCCAAGAAGGGUGACAUAGUUGACCCUUACGUACAGUUGAAGGUCAGAGGUCACCCUAUUGACCAUCAGAAGCAGAGAACCAAGGUCGUCAAGAAUAAUGGCUUCAACCCCGUAUGGAAUGAAACACUGGAGGUGACCAUUAAAGUCCCUGAAGUAUCCCUCCUGUACUUCUCCCUCCGUGACGAGAGCUCCCUUGCAAGUGACCCGGUGUUGGCCUUGUGCUGCAUCCCCUUCAGGUCCCUGGCCACUGGUUACAGACACGUUCAUCUGACAGACAUGACUGGAAAGCUUGUGGCGCCCUCUGCUCUGUUCGUUCACGUGACAGUACUGGAUAAGUGAAAUCCCCAUCAACCUAGCUCUCUCUCUCUCUCUCUCUCUCUCUCUCUCUCUCUCUCUCUCUCUAACCUAACGUAACCUAACCUAACCUAACUUAAUCUAAUCUCUCUCUCUCUCUCUCUCUCUCUCUCUCUCUCUCUCUCUCUCUCUCUCUCUCUCUCUCUCUCUCUCUCUCUCUCUCUCUCUCUCUCUCUCUCUCUCUCUCUCUCUCUCUCUCUCAACCUAACCCAUUAAUAGAAGGAAAAGAAAGAAGAGAGAGAGAGAGAGAGAGAGGAGGAGGAGGAGGAGGAGGAGGAGGAGGAGGAGGAGGAGGAGGAGGAUGAGGAAGAGAAGAGAGAAGAGGAAGAGAAAAGAGAAGAGGAAGGAGAGGGUGAAAGGAAGAGAGAGAAAAGAGAAGAAAAGAAGAAAGAAGAGAGAAGAGGGGGAAGAGAAGAAGAGGAGGAAGGAAAGAAGAGAAGAGGAAGAGGAGGAGGAGGAAAAGCAAAAGGAAGGAAUAGAGAAAAUUAAAAGAAAUUGAGAGGAGAGAGAGAGAGAGAGAGAGAGAAGAGAAGGAAGAAGAGAUUAAGAGAAGAGGAGGAGGAGGAGGAGGAGGAGGAGGAAGAGGAAGAGAGAGAGGAGGAAAAGAAAAGAAGAUAGAAAAGAGAAGAAGAAAUUAAUAGAAGAUGAUAAGAAGGAAGAGGAAGAGGAAAAGAAGGAAGAAGAAAUGAGGAGGAGGAGGAAGAAGAAGAAGAAGAAGAGCAAAUAUGAAAAGAAGGGGAACAUUCUUAAAUAGAAUAAGAAAAAGAAAAAGAAUAAUAUUUGAAUUUAUUUAUUUUUUAUUUAUCUGUUUAUUUAUUUACUUAUUUAUUUUAUUUUUUAUAAUCUCAAUAUUUUUUUUUCUCUCAUCAACGACUAACUUAACCUGACUAUAAACGCCAGAACCUUCACCUAACUACAUCAAAUACAGUUUUCGUUUCGUUUAUAAAAUAUUCAUCGCGUUUAUACAAGUCUUGGUCGUGAUAUUUAAUUUUGGUGGAUAAUAUUUGAAUAACUCGCUAACUAUAAACGCCAGAAUCUUUAGAUAUUUAUAACAGGGAAUGCUGUUUCUUACGUUUAUGAAUUUUUACCGUAAACUUUAUAAAAUCUUGUGAUAAUUAGUAUUUCUUGACAAUAUUUGAAUAACUCGUUAACUAUAAACGCCAGAAUCUUUAGAUAUUUAUAACAGGGAAUGCAGUUUCUUACGUUUAUGAAUUUUUACCGUAAACUUUUAUAAAAUCUUGUGAUAACUUUUCUUGACAAUAUUUGAAUAACUCGGCAACUAUAAGCUCCAGAAUCUUUAGAUAUUUAUAAAAAGAAUAUAGUUUUUGUACGUUUAUGAAUUUUUUUAGUGUAAACUAGAAAAUAAUUAAUUGUGAUGUUUUAGUCGGUAAUGUUUGAAUAACUCGGCAACUAUAAACGCCAGAAUCUUUAGAUAUUUAUAACGGAAUGCAGUUUUCUUACGUUUAUGAAUCUUUACCGUAAACUUCAUAAAAUCUUGUGAUAAUUAACAUUUCUUGACAAUAUUUGAAUAACCAACAAUAAACGCCAGAUUUUUUAGGCUAUUAGAACAUUUAAUACUGUUUUCUUUUGACUGCAACAAUAAACGCCAGAAUCUUUAGCCUAUUAGAACAUAAUACCGUUUUCUUUUGACUCUGCAACAAUAAACGCCUGAAUCUUUAGGCUAUUAGAACAUUUAAUACCGUUUUCUUUUGACUCUGCAACAAUAAACGCCUGAAUCUUUAGCCUAUUAGAACAUUUAAUACCGUUUUCUUUUGACUCGGCAACAAUAAACGCCUGAAUCUUUAGCCUAUUAGAACAUUUAAUACCGUUUUCUUUCAACUCUGCAACAAUAAACGCCAGAAUCUUUAGGCUAUUAGAACAUUUAAUACCGUUUUCUUUUGACUCUGCAACAAUAAACGCCAGAAUCUUUAGCCUACUAGAACAUAAUACCGUUUUCUUUUGACUCUGCAACAAUAAACGCCAGAAUCUUUAGGCUAUUAGAACACAAUUAAUACCGUUUUCUUUCGACUCUGCAACAAUAAACGCCAGAAUCCUUAGCCUAUUAGAACAAUACCAUUUUCUUUCGACUCUGCAACAAUAAACGCCAGAAUCUUUAGCCUACUAGAACAUAAUACCGUUUUCUUUUGACUCUGCAACAAUAAACGCCAGAAUCUUUAGCCUACUAGAACAUAAUACCGUUUUCUUUUGACUCUGCAACAAUAAACGCCAGAAUCUUUAGGCUAUUAGAACACAAUUAAUACCGUUUUCUUUCGACUCUGCAACAAUAAACGCCAGAAUCCUUAGCCUAUUAGAACAAUACCAUUUUCUUUCGACUCUGCAACAAUAAACGCCAGAAUCUUUAGCCUAUUAGAACAAUACCAUUUUCUUUCGACUCUGCAACAAUAAACGCCAGAAUCUUUAGCCUAUUAGAACAUUUAAUACCGUUUUCUUUCGUUUAUGAAUUUUUGGUGCCCAUCCUUCACAAAAACUCAAAAAGUAGGCACAAUUUAAAAAGAAGGAGAGUGUAUUUAUAAGCAAUGGGAUAAAUUAGUUGUAUUUUAUUUGCUGUUGUUUAAAAAAAGCUUAAGAGUUAAUUAGUUCAUAAGCUUAUUUGAUCUUAGUGAUUCUAUGACUUAAGUUUAAUAUUAAGUUCGUUUGUUAAGUUUCUAAGUUAAGUUUAGUAGUAGGCUUGUCUUCCACUAUUUUUUAUUUUGUUUUUUAUAUAUUUAUUUAUUUAUUUAUUUAUUUAUUUAUUUAUUUAUUUGUUUGUUUUUUUAAGUAUUGUAGGUUUGGCCACAAUAUCCCUCCUGCAUUUAUUUAUUCAUUUAUUUAUUUUAUUUAUUUAUUUUUUAUUUUUUUUUUUGUAUAGUUUAUCGCCAAAAAAAAACUAUUUACAUUUUUCAUUUUCAUUUUUUUUUUUCAUUUGUUUAUUUUAUUAUUUUUUUUCUAUUUUUUUUCCUACAUUUAAGCAUUAAUCGCCAACUUCCAAGCUUUUCCCAGCACGUCCUAUUAAUUUCAAGCUUCAGGGCAAUUAAUAUUUCCUGUAUAUCUUUGGGACCGUGUAUAAACUUUUUUUUAUUUUUUUAUUUAUGUAUUUAUUUAUGUAUUUAUUUAUUUAUUUUUUUUUUGGUAGGCCUGGUUCACAUUUCACUGUUUUCCCUUGUUAGUUUGAAAGAUUGUGUUUAUUUUAAAUGCUUUACUUGUUAGUCUGUUCUUCAAGGCCACAAAAGUGAUUGGCUGGGUUCUCAAGGGUGUUUUUUGCUGUUUUUUGGUGUAAAGCUCUUGAAAACCCCAAAUGCUUCCACUGCAGCCUGUUAAACUAUCUCUGGAACCUUGAAAAACCCAAUGACUUCCACUGCAGCCUGUUAAACUAUCACUGGAACCUUGAAAACCCCAAUAACUUCCACUGCAGCCUGUUAAACUAUCACUGGAACCUUGAAAACCCCAAUUGCUUCCACUGCAGCCUGUUAAACUAUCAUUGGAACCUUGAAAACCCCAAUAACUUCCACUGCAGCCUGUUAAACUAUCAUUGGAACCUUGAAAACCCCA